CUUCCAAUGCUUCAUCUGUGCAAGCUCACUGACUCAUUGUUCAUCAGCAACUCGCGGUCGGCUUGCGAUGACAACCUCCUCUCAAGAGAGGGGGUGACGUUUUGCAUCAACGUGUCGAAGCAGCAGCCCUUCCCGGGGCUGAAGGUGGGCACACUGCGCGUCCCCGUCUUCGACGACCCGGCCGAGAACCUCUACAAGUACUUCGACAGGUGCGCCGAUGCGAUUGAAGAUGUCAGCCGGACUGGCGGCAGGACCCUGGUAUACUGCAAGAAUGGCCGCAGCCGCUCAGCGUCCAUCUGCACUGCCUACCUCAUGAAGUACAGGUGCCUCUCCCUCCGGGAAGCUUUCGAGCAUGUGAAGUCAGUAAGACCAACUGUGGAGCCUAAUGAAGGUUUCUGGGUCCAACUUCAAAGGUACGAAGGUGAGCUUCAGUCUAGGCAAAUCGGGACUAAUUCUUCAGCCAGUGGAUGA